CACAUUCAUACCGAGUUUUGCUUCAGUAGAAGCCGGGUGUUCUCUCCAUUCGAGCUGCUGGUCGCGUCAAGUCGAGAUCUUUCAGAUUCCACAGUCAAGAAGUUCGUUCUUCAUCUUCUUCGAAUCUUGAGACUGGAAACUGUGAAGAUGGCACGCAUCUUGGCCCUUGCUGUUGUUCUUGUUCUAGUCGGGACGAUCUCGGCUCAGAGCCACAAAGGAUGCUACAAGCGGAAGUGGGGAACUUUCAGGACCCGGGAAACCAGCGACGACAUGACCAACCAGAAAUGUGUGGACAUCUGUGCGAAGGAGGACAAACCCUAUGCAGGAACCUACGAGACUAAGUGCGGGUGCGGGACCAGCACGGAGCUAGAGCGGCUGGGGGACCCGACUGACGCCUCCGAGUGUUCCUCCGCCUGUGGAGGGGACGCCUCGCAGACUUGCGGACAGGGCAACGGCAGGCUGACCGUGUGGAGCACCGGCAAAGGGAAGCGCGAGAUGAGUGAGAUGGAGGAACUGAUGGAGCUGGAGCGCGAGGUCAGCGAGCUGGAAGCUCACCAUCAGCAUCAUCAGCAUCAUCAGUAGAAGAGGAAGGCUGAUGAUCAACAGUGAUAGCAUCACUACCAUCCCUGUAACCAUCUUCCCCAUUAUCAUCAUCAUUAUCCAUCAUCCUCCCCAUCACCCUAUCAUCCCAAGAAGGCAGCAGAUGAAGGCAUGAGUGGCAUCAUCAUCAUCACCAUCAUCCACAUCAUCAUCUCCAUCACCCCAUCAUCAUUAUCAUCAUCACCAUCAUCAUCAUCUUCACCACCAUC